AGAAGCAGGGAAUUUCAGUCUCAAUUCUCAGAGAGAUUCUCAAAAUAUGCCGCUAGUAUUGUAUGUGAUGAAGAUAUUAUGGAGGAGACACCAGAGAUUUUGAUGGAAAGAACUCUGGAUUGGUAUGAUCCCCGUAUACCAAUUUCUAAUCUGCCAUAUGGGAUUGCUUCCCCAAAUGGCCGAGAAGCAGAGAACUACACCCGUAAUUUUAACUGGCAUUGGGCUAAUCUGUGCCAUAAUCGGAGAGUAAAGAUGAAACAUAUGUAUGAUCAAACCCCUCCUGGACUUGGACAAAUUGUGAAGAGGCCAAGAUUUAAUCUUCCCUCUUCGAAUCAGGAAGUUGUUGGAGAUGGUGAUGGUGCUGCUUCUGAGGGGGAAGGGAGAAGGCAUGAGUUUCAAGACAGUGUGACUGAAGUUGGGAGUGGUAGCGGUGGUGGCAAGGAUGACAAUGGUGGCAAUAAUGGAGGUAACAUGCCUAGUGACGAGGGAGCAGCAACCCGUGUUGGUGAGGAACAAAGAGACCAAGAAGCUCCGCCUGACCCUUUUGGAGAUAGGGUGUCGGGAGUUAGAGAUGGUUGGGUGGUGUUUGCAACUCAUCCACAUCGCGGUCGGUUUGUGAUCAACGAAGGUGUGGUGUUGGUGGGUGAUCGGUAUAUGGUAUGCGGUGGAUUUCGUCAGGGCUUCUAUGCCGUCACCAUGCCGGCUCCUGUCAAAGCAGCUAUCCGAGAAAAUGCCCCCUUCCCGUUCCUCCUUAUUCUGUAACUUUCCCUCAGUUGGAUAUGCUGACCCCUGUGAUUGGCCAAAUGGCUGCUGAUAUAACAAUCGUUGCAAAUGUUGGGCAUGGAGAAGUCAAUCCACCCCAAGGUGGUCCAAAUCCAGCGCCCGAGGCAGAGCCAAUCCAUCCCCAUCCAGAGAUGGAGCAAGUAGUUGAUCCAGUUGGUCAAGAACCAGCAGGUGGAGCUAUAGUGCCAUCUGGAAAUGUUGCAGGAGGAGUUACAGGGCCAUCUGGAAAUGUUGCAGGUGAAGCUAGAGGGCCAUCUGGAGAUGCUGCCAACUAGAGAGGUAAUGUUCACAGAGAAACUCCGAGAGAAGUGAGGAUUAGGCAACAGGCAAAAGAACACAUAAUCUCCAUGA